AUGGUCUAUUUCAAACAAUCAAACCUUUUACAACAGAACUGUCCGAAAGAAAUUUCUAAAAAAGGCAUACAAGUAACGUGGCAUGAAAGUCCGUCAGGUAGCAAUAUUAAAUCAGAACCUCUAUGUUAUUACGAUAACCAUUUGAUCACAAGGCAAUGUAACAACACAGAGUGGUCGCCGCCUCUAACUGAUCUUGACGCAUGCUUCAAAAUUGUUCAACAUUUCAACUUAUCUUCAUGCCCGCCAGGUUUCAUCAAAAUUUCUGAAAACAAUAACAAACAUUGUUAUCAGAUAAAUCAACCAUCCGAGUGGAAUUAUCCAUGUCUCAAAAAUGGAGGUGCUUCUAUCCUUAAUGACCUCUCCGAGAACGAAACUGAGUCGCUAAUAAAUUCAAUCAUGAAUUUAAAUAUUUCUAAGCACUUUUGGUUGCCAGCUCACAGAGCAAAUCCAUUCAGUCCCGUGAUUUGGACUAUUCCUGGACCGAACUGGGGAAGAGUUAUUGAUCGAGACUUUAACAAAUUACGAUCGAGUUUAUCAUGGUUUAAAAACUGUUUGUUGUUGGACGUAGAAGAACUGUUAGUUAAAACGGAGACAUGCGACAAAGUUUACCCAAACUUAUGUUUGUAUGUAAAUAACUUGGAUUACCCAGUAGAAUGUCCUGAAGGGUAUUAUGGGUUCCGGUUCAUGCCCGAUGACGGUAGAUGCUUUGGUAUUGAACAAGCCCUCAACAUGACCCUAACUUAUGACGAGUUCCUUAAUUCUAAAUGUAAGGAUCCAAUGGGUGACAGUAGGACUGAAUAUAAUGAAAUUACAAGAUUUCUCUUUAAGAAAGUCGCGGAAAUGAAAAGUUUACCUGAUGAUACUUGGUGUUGGUUUAAAACGUCAUACAAUACAAGUGAUGAAUCGUUCCAGGACAACUCAAAAAUAAGCUCAGGGAAUCCAUUACUUCAAGGAAUCAUCAAUAACAAUGGUACUUUAGGUUUAACAGAUACACAAUCUAAACUAUCCUGCAUGGCCUGUGAAACUCAAAUGACAUACAAAGACACAGUUUUGACUCUAGAAUAUAUUGAACAGGAACUAAAACUUUAUCUGACUAUAUACUUUCCUUCAGGUUUAUGGAAAUAUGAUUUCAAUGACAUAGGAGUUCAAUGUUUUUCAGAUGCAAAAGGAUUUGUAAGAGUAGUUGAUGUUAAUAAUAUACCGUUUUUAGAAACCGCCAAUGUAUUAUAUUAUGAUGAAGCAAACGUCACAAAUGUAGAAAAAGUUAUUUAUAUUAUCGACCUCGUUACAAAGCGAUCUGCACAAUAUUGGUGCGAAGGACAUACAAAAACAUUAUCAUUAGUAGCUACGAAUAAAGUUGUUGUUAACCCUGAAGGCAAUCAGUUGCACGUAUUUGCAUUAUUUAUAAAAACUUUUGAAUUUGACAGGGAAGUGGAUGAAACUAAGGGUAUUGCAAAUUUAACUAAUAUUGUAGCAACCACUCUAAAUGCAGAACAAGUGCUAGUCAUGGAAGUUUUCGAGUAUUCUAUGAAGCAAAUGGUAAUGUUACUACACGUUCAUGUAGCUCUCACUGGAGAUAGUGAAGAUAAAGGUAAUGACAUAGAAGCCACGCUCAACAUAUUAAAAGGCAAGGCGGAGACUGAACUUCAAAAUCACAAUAUUACUUUUCUAAAUAUAUCCAGCUCACUGUAUUGUUUGCCAACUACGAGCAUUGAUUAUACUAUACUUGAAUGGGAAUUGACACCGAUUGACCACAUUGCUGCACCUAAACAAUUCUGUUUACAACGCAAUGGCCUCCCAGUCAAAAGGCAGUGUCGAGGUUCAUAUGCUUUUGGUGGUUUCUGGGGUGACAUAGAUGGGCAAUGUGAUACAAAAUUUCAACCAUCUUCAACAACAACAUUUUUAUACAAUUUUAUCAGAGGUAGAGUUUCUGAAAACACCACAUUACGUUUUCUCAUUGAUGGGCUUAAUUAUGUUCUUGGAGAUGUAGAUAUUUUAAUUCCUGCUGAUAUUUAUUACUUAGCUAUGUCUUUACAAUAUAUACUAAAUAUGUUACAGCAAAAUGAAACCUCUGUAGAGAUGGGUGAUAUUGAAAAUAUGGCAUGGGCUAUGGAUCGUAUAUUAAUACUCGAUAAUGCCUAUUUACGACUGUCACAGUUAUUCAACUCUACUAAUAUUAUUGUAGAUUCUGUUAGCGAAAUAAUUGAAAGGAUUGCGCAGAAAAGAUUGAUGGAGGAACAACGCUUGUUGAAUAAAAAUUAUUAUCAUCUUGCAGUCGAACCACAGUUUGUGGUUCAAGUAAGCUACCCAGAAUUUACUAAUAUAACCGGACUAGUAAUUUCAAGGACGAAGAAAUCUAACAAAUUCAGUGAUAUGCUUAUACAGCCUCUAUUUAAAAACACAACAUUAGAAUAUGUGUUUUCAAUUAAAAAUUUAGAGCUGGCUACUUGGGUGCCAGAGAAUGUUUUAAAUUCUUUAUGCAAAACGUCAAAUACUUCUUCUAACGACUCUAACAACGAUUUAGUCAAUUCAAAAGAUGUUCACGUGAUAAUUAAUAUUUUUCAUAAUGAUGCUGUAUUUCAGCAGCUGGAUGAAUCCGCGUUUACUAUAAACAGUCGUGUAAUAGGAAUUUCAAUACCGGGAUAUAUUUCAAACUUGAAGUUUCCUAUAGCACUAGUUUUUAAAGAAAUAAAUUCUUCAUCAACAGGGAAAAUAUGUGGCUAUUGGAAUUUUGAAAAAAAAAUUGUAGGGGGUAACCCGGGAUUUUGGACAAAUCAUGGUUGUUUCUAUAUAGACACUAUUGAUGACAUGACAAUUUGUGAAUGUUACCAUAUGACCCAUUUCGGACAAUUAAUUGACAUUAGUGGUAAUCCAAAUAUUAGAAAUAACGAUGUACAUAGUAGAACUUUAAAUAUUAUCACUCUUAUUGGAAGUUUCUUGUCUCUGCUUGGUAUAGCAGGAAUUUGGAUAACAGCCUUUGUAUUCCAAACUUGGCGUAAGAAACCCGGUACAAAAGUUUUACUACAACUUUCAACGGCUAUAGCACUUCCUUUGAUAUUUAUUGUAGUAUUUGAUUUAGAUAAUACCAUAUUUAUUAAUAUCGAUGGUCACAUCACAAUAUCUGAUAAUAUGAAAGUUGUUUGCAUUGUUUUGGGAGCGUUUCUACACUACUCUAUAUUGGCAAGCUUCAUGUGGAUGCUUAUUACUGCAAUUCUGCAAUUUGUACGAUAUGUUAGAGUUUUCGGAGUACACAGACCAUCUAGAUUUAUGAUAAAAUUCACGUUGAUAGGUUGGGGUGUUCCUCUGUUUCCCGUGAUUUUCGUUUUAUUGUUGGAUACCGAUAAUUACAUACCAGAUUUAUCUACUGUUACGUCAACUCAUAAUAUUUGUUACCCUAAUGGCUUUUAUUUCGUAGUGAGCGUCUUGGUUCCUGUUUGUAUCAUAUUGCUUGUUAACGUAAUUCUGUUUAUUUUAGUAAUUCACGCAAUAUCUACAGGUCCCGAUGGCAAAAUGAGAGCUACAGACACAGACUUAGUUGGAGCUCAACUCAGAGUCUCUACUUUUCUGUUCUUCUUGUUGGGAUUAACAUGGAUAUUUGGUGUAUUUUCAUUUUCUGAUAGACUUUUCUGGUCAUACCUUUUUUGUUUGACGUCCACUUUACAAGGAUUUGUAUUGUUUCUUUACUUUGUUAUAUGCGAUCCAGUAACGCGAACCUUGUGGGUUACUUUGAUGAGACCCCAAUUUCGAAUGUCGUCUUCUAGGGAAAGCAUUGCUAGCAUAAGUAGCAAUUAA